CCCCCGCCGCAUCUCCCUCCCUUCGUCGAGCCUUUCCUUUAAUGGUUGGGGGAAGCAUUCCCUUAUCUUAACUUGGCGGGCAUUCUUUCCAGUCUUAUUCAAAUAGGGGGAUGGGUUUGGUUUGAACUUUUAACAUAGGCUCAAACAUGAUUUGAAGGUCCUACUAGGAAACAGCCGGAAACUCGAGAGGGUCACCUUUGGAAGCGUUCGCCAGUAACCAAAGCGUCACUCCUUCCUUUUGAUUAUGUCGUGACGCUGACUGAAUCCAAUCCAUAACCCCGGAAACGAAACAAAGUUCGUUCCCUUUCGUCAAGUAGGCAUACGAACCACUUACUUUUGCUUUGCCUUAUACUCUAUUAGAAUAAAGCAAAGAAAGAGGCGGAAUGGAGAAAGGAAAGGGACAAGGGCGGUCUUGCUUGGCGCGAAGGCUGCUGGUUUGGGGGUAGGGUACGGUACUAAAGGUCCUCGGACUUCCUUGCGGUUUUUUUUUGGCAGCUGUUCACCGUUGGAUCUCGCCAAUACAGCCCCCUAUAGUUUUCGUUACCGAGAUAUCUUUUUUUUUCAUUGUUCCCAGGGAUUUUUUGGGUAAUCUGCUCCCAUGCUGCAAACAGUCAAAUCUGAACUAAACCUUGUCGCUCUUCUUUCUUUCCUCGCGGGCAGGAAGCACACCAGCAGCGUGCGUUGCGUGAUUCUACUGUGUUUUUUGCACUUGACUGGGUGGACAGUUGACCGGAAGAGAACUUCGAUUCGCCCGGCCAGCAGGCGGGCGGCGUGCUUAUCUUGUGUGACAACACUACAGAGCGAGUGGCUCUUCUAGGCGGGCAGCUGUGUGACAACACUACAGAGAAAGCGGCGCUUUCGUUUAACAUGCUAUGGUCUCAAUGCCCUUACGAGGUAGUGAUGAGUUUCACGUGCUCUAAGCCCGGCCCGCGCGCGGUUAGGAAGAUUGGCCGCAAUCUGAGCGGUACCACCCACCCUACCCUACCACCUAUAGG